UUUGCAAGGAUGAAGUCCUGAGUUCAAAUCCCAGUUCCACCAAAAAAAAAAGUCACUUCUCGCAGAAGAGUCAACAUUGCAGAGACAUGAGACUGGGGGCCAAUUUUUAAAACUCUUUGAUUUUUUUUUUUUAAAAUGACAAGAGCCUGAAUUGGGAUGGAAAAGAGGGGGACAGAUUCAGAUUUUUGGCAGGAGAAUCAACAAAGCUUGGUGAUAAAUUGGAGAAAGAAUGCAGAGCUUAUAUUCCUGUUUGUCAUUUGAGAAACAUGGUUGCAUCCAUUCAACAAGAUAAAAAAUUCAAGAAAGAGAAUCAAGUAUACUAUUUUUUUCCUGUUAAGGAGUGGGGGGAGAAUGAGUUCAAUAAAUAUGUUAAGCCUGGGGGAUUUGUGAAACACCCAGGAGCUAUCCAGAGGUAGUUGGAUGUACAAGUCUGGAACACUGAAGGUCUAGGUUGGAGAUAGUAAGAGUUUAGAAUCAUCAAGAGAUGAAAUUAAAGCUAUGGGAGUAAAUGAGUUGGCUCAGAUAUAGAGAACAGAAAGUGGGAAGAUGGUCAAAAUCAAAACAGCUCCUAGAUUAGAUUGUAGACUUAACUACUGGCAGGCAGGGCAGGUAGUCUGAGUUUUGUGCCCUCCCAUCUAGCAGGUUAGGUAUUUUGAAAAGCACUAAUAAAUGAUAGGCUGGAUGAAUGACCUCUUCUAAUCCACUGAGCCUCACCUGUCCUUCCCUACCUGUAGUUCCUGAGGUUUGUUUCCUCAGCACUGAUAGAUUGGGGAGGAAGGAAAAUAGAUCCUCUUAAAAUCCAAUGUCCCAGUCUUAUUCUUAGCUUAUUAUUUAUUUAUUUAUUUUAUUUAAUAAUUUCGGUACUGGGGUUUGAACUCAGGAGCCUUGUGCUUGCUAGUAGGCAGGAGCUCUACUCCCCAAGUCACAUUCCCAGCCCUUCCCUUUAGCUUUAAAAUAUGACCUCAGACUCCCUAGAUUUAACCUCAGAAAGCCCCAAUUUAAUUCAACCCCAACAUUAUGGUUCGGGUGAGGGAACUACUACAAAGAUGAUUAAGACGUGUUCUUCCUUCUAUGAGUUCCCAAUCCAGACUGCAUUCGGCCAGACAAGCGUACUGAGCAGUUUAUGAGAGGUGGGAAUAGUGGGGACACGGAGGAGCAGGGACCUCACCCCAUGAGCUGCCUUAUAAACUCCGAGGCUGGGGCUGGGGCGCCAUGUCAUGCCAGCCUACCUAGGCUUAAUGCUGAGAUGGCACUCCCAGGGCGGCUGACAUGAAAGCAACCUCAUAAAAGGGUCAGCGUCAUUAGGGUGAUGAACCAGUUGGUGCUUGGAGAUCCGGCGGGGAUGAAAGGCGCGGGGUGAAGACGCCCUGCGUUCCCUCUGGCUUGGCUGGGCAGGGCUUCCAGGGAGCGAUGAAAGCUGGGGUACGGGGCUCAGAGUGUCUCUUGCCUUUCCCGGGAGGAAGCUGUGGCCACACUCCGAGAUAGUCGUGGGCGCUUCUUCCCUCCAGAAUUUUGGGUGACUUGGUUCCCACCCAACUCAAGACUCCCCUGAGCCUUACAGGAGACGCUCUAGGAUUGACGGUUGCUAUGGCACCCAGGCUCUCGGCAUACUGAGGCAAGCCAAGGCCUAGAGAGGCAACACCUUCCUGUGCCGCUUCGUACCCACGGGUAAAGUGGCGCCCCCUACGCACAGGAGCUGUCCCUGGGCCCCCGCCCCCGCGCGGAGACCACCGUGGACCUCCAGGGACGGAAGGCCGCUCUGGCCCCUGGCGGAGCCUCUCGUUGGUAGACGGGCCCGAGGGAGCCCCUCUGGGCGCUGCGCCGCUGAGCGGCUCGAUGCUCCGGCCGGAAGUGCUCUUCACCGCCUGCCUCCCACCCGGCUCUCUGGUCUCGGCGGUAAGAUGGCGGCUGCCGCGGAGUGCGAUGUGGUAAUGGCGGCGACCGAGCCAGAGCUACUCGAGGACGAAGAAGCGAAGAGGGAAGCAGAGUCCUUCAAGGAACAAGGAAAUGCAUACUAUGCCAAGAAAGAUUACAAUGAAGCUUAUAACUAUUAUACAAAAGCCAUAGAUAUGUGUCCUAAAAAUGCUAGCUAUUAUGGUAAUCGAGCAGCCACGUUGAUGAUGCUCGGAAAGUUCCGGGAAGCUCUUGGAGAUGCACAACAGUCAGUGAGGUUGGAUGACAGUUUUGUCCGGGGACAUCUACGAGAAGGCAAGUGCCACCUCUCACUAGGGAAUGCCAUGGCAGCAUGUCGCAGUUACCAGAGAGCCCUAGAACUGGAUCACAAAAAUGCUCAGGCACAACAGGAGUUCAAGAAUGCUAACGCAGUCAUGGAAUAUGAGAAAAUAGCAGAAACGGAUUUCGAGAAGCGAGAUUUUCGGAAGGUUGUUUUCUGCAUGGAUCGUGCCCUAGAAUUUGCCCCUGCCUGCCACCGCUUCAAAAUCCUCAAAGCAGAAUGUUUAGCAAUGUUGGGUCGAUAUCCAGAAGCACAGUCUGUGGCCAGUGACAUUUUACGAAUGGAUUCCACCAAUGCCGAUGCUCUGUAUGUACGAGGUCUUUGCCUUUAUUACGAAGAUUGUAUUGAAAAGGCGGUUCAGUUUUUUGUACAGGCUCUCAGGAUGGCUCCUGACCAUGAGAAGGCUUGUGUUGCUUGCAGAAAUGCCAAAGCCCUUAAAGCAAAGAAAGAAGAUGGGAAUAAAGCAUUUAAGGAAGGAAAUUACAAGCUAGCAUAUGAACUAUACACAGAAGCCCUGGGGAUAGACCCCAACAAUAUAAAAACAAAUGCUAAACUCUACUGUAAUCGGGGUACAGUGAAUUCCAAGCUUAGGAAACUAGAUGAUGCAAUAGAAGACUGCACACAGGCAGUGAAGCUCGAUGACACUUACAUAAAAGCCUACUUGAGAAGAGCUCAGUGUUACAUGGACACAGAGCAGUAUGAAGAAGCAGUGCGGGACUAUGAAAAAGUGUAUCAGACGGAGAAAACAAAAGAACACAAACAGCUAUUAAAAAAUGCACAGCUGGAACUGAAGAAGAGUAAAAGGAAAGAUUACUACAAGAUCCUUGGAGUGGACAAGAAUGCCUCUGAAGACGAGAUCAAGAAAGCUUAUCGGAAACGGGCCUUGAUGCACCAUCCAGAUCGGCAUAGUGGAGCCAGUGCUGAGGUUCAGAAGGAGGAGGAGAAAAAGUUCAAAGAAGUUGGAGAGGCCUUUACCAUCCUUUCUGAUCCCAAGAAAAAGACUCGAUAUGACAGUGGACAGGACCUGGAUGAGGAGGGCAUGAAUAUGGGUGAUUUUGAUGCAAACAAUAUCUUCAAGGCAUUCUUCGGCGGUCCUGGGGGCUUCAGCUUUGAAGCAUCUGGUCCAGGGAAUUUCUUUUUUCAGUUUGGCUAAUGAAGGGCAACCACCCAGAACCCAGAAAAUGCAGAUUCUCUCAGUUUAACCUUGAAUAUGGACACAAUUCACCUCCUCCCUUCGUCAUGUCUCCAUGUACUUAGAGCAGUUUCGUUUUCUCAGUUGGAUGGUCUGUGUCUGUGUGAGUGGGGUGAAGGAAAGGGAGCUAGCACUGAAGAAUGGGGAGGGGAGGGAGGUGGGGGAUGGACAGGGAGGAAGCUUGUGAAUUUUUGUCUUACUGUUUAACUUUAUUAAAAAAGAAUAAAAUGUUUUGACCCUUUCUGGCCCUUUGCUUUG